AUGCCAGAUAUUGUGAAAGAUCGCAGGAUGACGAAUAAUCGAAGCAAGCAUCAAAUACAAGAACAUUACAAAAUUCCCACAAAAUCCUUGUGUGAAAUCCAGGAGAAAAGUAAUGAGAAACAAUUGUACGCUAGGGUAGCUGAAGCUUUGCUGAACCCGCUUGGAGAGGACGACGAUGACUUUGAGUGUAAUUAUAUUAUCGAUCGAAAUAUUACUGUUCCAACAACGUAUUGCUGCUUUGAAUUAUUUACCACUAAGAUUUUGUAA